AUGGAAACAUUUUAUCAGAAUAUUCUAUUUCAGAAAAAGGUAAUUUUCUUUUCCAGACAGAAACCUUUCCAAAAAGAAAUCGAUGGUCUUCCUUAUCCGAAAUUAAACAGUGCAGGAAAUUUUAUACCAAUCCGACGAAUUGUGCACAUAGAUUUAACUGGUGGUGCAUUUAAGCCACCAUAUUUUGCUGAAUUAUUUCAUCUUUUCAAAUUGCUUCGAGUGACAGGUGUACUACUGGAAUGGGAUGAUAUGUUUCCGCAUGCAUUACGUCUUUCAACUGCCAUUAACGGCAAUGCAUAUAAAUUAAGCGAGGUUCAAGCUAUACUGCAAAGCGCAAAGACUCAUGGCCUCGAAGUUAUUCCUCUUGUUCAAACGUUUGGACAUUUAGAAUGGAUUUUAAAACUUGAGCAAUUUGCACAUCUUCGUGAAUCUGCUGAUCAUCCACAGGUGUUAUGUGUGGGAAAUGAAGAAGCUUGGUCUCUUUUGAAGGAAAUGAUCGAUGAAGUUAUUCAAGUUCAUGCAAAAUUUGGUAUUAGAUUUUUUCACAUGGGUGCAGAUGAAGUGUUUCAGAUUGGAUAUUGCAAUGAAACACAAAGAGAAAUACAAAAGCUUGGAUCAAGAGAGAAAUUAGUGGUGUGGCAUAUUGCAAGAACCGCUAAGUAUAUUAAAAGCAAAUAUCAGGUAUCAGUGUUGGCUUGGCACGAUAUGUUAAUACAAGCAUCAAUGCAAGAAUUAGCAGCAUUUCGAGUAACUGAUCUCGUUGAACCCGUUUUAUGGUCAUAUGCAGAAGAUUUAGAUCAGUAUUUGUCGCCAGCAACUUGGAUGGCGCUCAAGCCGUUUCCCAAAAUUUGGGUAUCAUCAGCAUUCAAAGGCGCAGAUGGACCUAUGCGUUAUUAUUCAAAUCCUAUUCAUUAUAUUCGAAACAAUCAAGCGUGGGUUUUACAGAUGAGGGCCAACUAUCUAGAUUUCAAUUUUAUUCAGGGCAUUAUUCUUUCUGGCUGGUCUAGAUAUGAUCAUUUAGCGGUACUGUGUGAACUCUUUCCGGUUGGUAUACCAUCACUAGCGAUGAGCCUUGAAACCAUCAUUGAGGGAAAUAAAUUAAUUGAAUAUCCAUACACUAUUAGUGUGUUGAAAUGUAAAGCUCCUGUUGAACCUGGUUUUACAUUCGGCUGUCGGUUUCCUGGAAGAAAAAUAUAUGAGUUGGUAAAUGAAUUUCGUGAGCAGCAUGAACAGCUUAAAAUAUAUAAGGAAACUGAUUUUGAAUUAAAUGGUUGGUUAUCCAAUAUUGCGAAAAGUUUCUCAGUCUCUUCACCAAUGUAUGUCGAAAAAAUAAUCAAACUUGUUGAGUCAUACUUGGCGCCUUUAGAAAGACUUGAACAUGAUCUCAGGGUGCAAAUGGGAAGCAUUUAUUUUAACGAUACUAUCAACGAAUUUUUAUUUACUUAUGUUGCGAAUGAUCUGUUGUUUUUACGCGAACGCUACAAUAUUGCUUUAAAGAUAAUCAAGCAAAAACAUUUUCCAAAAAGGCCAUUUUUUACUUAA